AUAGUCAUGCUCAUGCUUGUUGUAUCGUAGAUGCACGAGCCAGACGUUCCGUCAGAUGUUUUCCAUUCCAAGAGGGAAGACGAACCAGACCAUUUCACAGCUGUCUGUUAUGCUGAUGAUAACAUUAUGUACACAGGAACAAAUGAAGGGGUUCUACUUGCUUGGGACACGCAACAGAACAAGUGCUUUAUUCACUGGAAAGCUGAUUCUGCUGAGAUAGAUGUAUUAGUUUGUGGACAAGAUCGUCUUAUCACUGGUGGAUAUUCUGGUAGCCUAAAGCUAUGGUCAGUGGCUGGGAUACCAAACAUUAAGAAACAAGGCGAAAACUACAGAAUGAAUAGCGAUAGCCUUGUUAUGGAGGAUGAGAUGACUGUCGAUGGUGCCGUGGUUUCUGCCUGUUUUGAUGACAUAUUACAAACGGGCAUCGUUGGUACUACUGUGGGUACCCUGUGGUAUAUCAACUGGAGUGAGAGGACUAGUAUCAGACUGGUCAGCGGGCAUACACAACAGGUGAUGUCUGUGGUGUUCAGUGCCACAGAUGACAAGUACUUUGCUACAUGUGGCUCUGAUGGUGUACUUCAUUUGUGGACUACAGAUAAUCUAGAACAUCUGCAGUUCCAGGUCCUUGGGCAGAGCUGUAACUGCAUAGCUUUUUGUCCGGUGCCGCAAAUAACAGCCACAACCAGCAUCAUCAACCAAGGCCAGACUGUAGCCACAGUACACCCACAGUCCACCCCUGACAAGCGUGAUUUGAUCAACCAAACACAUUGCGUGGCUGGGUAUAGUGAUGGAACUGUCAGGAUGUUUGAUCUGGGUCGUGUAGAGAUGAUAAUGAAGAUGCAGCCACAUGCUGCUUCUGUUGAUCAUAUAGCAUUCUCUCCUGAUGGUCGUGUAAUACUCAGUGGUGCAAGUGAUGGUAUCAUAGCAAUAAGCAACCCAUCUACUGGAUUAACUGUACGAUUACUAAAUGAUCAUAAGGGUGCUCCUAUCACUGAUCUACAUUCAACACUAAGGGACCAACAGUAUAGUUUUAGUGGUCCAAUGUUGUGGAUGGCCGCCAGUAAAGACAGUCGUGUUAGCAUUUGGAGUGCCAAAUGGUCUCAAGAUUUCUGUGAACUGGUUGACUGGCUGUCAUUCCCGACGCCUUCCAUCGCACCAGACGGGAAGGCUCUCCGACGGGGAGACCCUGCGCAGUAUGACAGAUUGCCGCCCAGUCUGAUUCGCUUCUCUCCUUCUGAUCCAGACAUCGUUAUAUUCACUGGAUACGCAAUGCAAAGAGCCGUGCAGUUCUACAGCUUAUCUCAGAGAAAGGUUGUCCGCACAGCUGCACUGACGCAGUGGGCCACAUCGAUGGACAUAUCUCCAAAGGGUAACCUGAUAGCACUUGGAACACAAGAGCGUCUGGUACAGUUGAUGGAUUACGAUGAAGGAAGAUUCCAGGAUUUUAUAGGCCAUUGUGAUAGUGUCAGCAGAGUGUGCUUCUCCCCAUCUGGCAAGCUUCUGUACACAGCCAGUAAUAUGGCUGUACUUGCAUGGAAUGUGUUAGUCUAGAAGACAGCGGUAAUUUGGAACUCGAAAAGGGUCUAUUCCGAAGAUGAGGAAAACGCUGGGUCGAGUUGGCAUUGCAGUGCUUUUUGGGGUUGUUCUAGAGGAAAAAGCCGCCAUAUUGGAAAUAUGUCCAGUAAAACAGUCCCAGAAUGCACUGCAAAGUUAACUCGUUCCAGUUUUUUCCUCGACCUCAGGAUGGCUAAUAAGGAUAAUCGCAUACUUUUCUCAACAUGGCUGCUCAGACGUCACGGCAUUGAACUCGGGUGAUGUAAGCCGCCACACACAGCUUUGUAAAAAAAGAUUCUUGUAAUAAAGAUAGUUUAUAUAUUUUAA